UCUUUCAGCACUUAAAAAGUAGAAAACUUCACCGCCAAGCAAUACCCGCCACUUUUCCCCGUCAGAUCUACGACAAUUUUCUGCCAAAAUACCCUCUAUAAAACCCUAAACUGCUUCCCACAUUUCGGAUUUUUGUUUUCAUCACUCUGUAUGUUCGAGACUUCGAAACCAUCAAUUUCCAAUAUUUCAAGUUCGAAUUUGCCACUUUGAUUGAAUUUUCUUUACUUCAAGCGAUCAUUUUUUGAUCACUCGGAGAGUGACCACGAUGGGUGGUUCACACAGUCGCGAAGGCCUCGAACUUUCCGACUCAGAAUAUUCUGGCGAGGAUGAAUCAGAAGUGGAGAGUUCGGAGAAUUACGCUGAUGCAGAAGAUCAUACCCCAAAGAGGAGUACUCAGGUCAGUGCCGAAACCCUAGAUGCAAUUGAUUCUAGGCUUCAAUCCUUGAAACUAAAAUACCCAAAACGCCCAUCCUCUUCCACGCCAACUUCCAACGCAAAUCUCAAAAAUGCUGUGAAGCUUUAUCUUCACAUCGGUGGCAACACCCCGAAGGCGAAAUGGGUAGUUUCGGAGAAGUUGACUUUUUACAAAUUUGUCAAAAAAAAUGGCGAUGAUGAUGGGGAUGACAAUGACGAUGACGAAGGAUUGAACAGUAGGGAGGGGUUCUGGUUUUUGAAAAUUGGGGAGAAAAUCAAGGCUAGGGUUACAACCGAUUUGCAGAUGAAAUUCUUUGGGGAUCAGCGGAGGGUAGAUUUUGUGGAUAGUGGGGUUUGGGCUUUAAAAUUUCUGAAAGAUGAGGAGUACAGGAAUUUUGUGACAAAAUUCCAGGACUAUUUGUUUGAGAAUGUUUAUGGGUUGAGAGCUACAGAGGAAAACAAAAUGAAAAUUUAUGGUAAAGACUUUAUUGGAUGGGCGAAACCAGAGCAAUUGGAUGAUUCUAUGUGGGAGGAUGCAGAUGAUGGGGUGUGGAAGAGUCCUGGAAAGACUCCUGAGGGAUUAUCUGAAAGAGGGAAUCAAGAUUUAUUGGAAGAGUUUGAGGAGGCCACAACUGAUGGUGGGAUUCAGAGCUUGACCUUAGGGGCAUUGGAUAAUAGUUUCUUGGUUAGCAAUUCAGGGGUUCAGGUUGUGAAGAAUUUUAGCCAUGGGAUUCAUGGUAAAGGUGUGCAUGUGAAGUUUCACCAUGGGAAACUAGGAUCCACAUCAGCACAUUCUGGGACACCCAAGAAGGCUCUCUUGAUGCGGGGAGAAACAAAUAUGAUGCUUAUGAGUCCAUUGAAGCAAGGGAAACCCCAUUCCACAGGGCUUCACCAGUUGGAUAUUGAAACGGGGAAGAUUGUCACUGAAUGGAAGUUUGAGAAGGAUGGGACUGAGAUUUCCAUGAAAGACAUUACCAGUGAUGCGAAGGGGUCGCAGUUGGAUCCUUCUGAGUCCACGUUCUUGGGGUUAGAUGAUAAUAGAUUGUGUCAAUGGGAUAUGCGUGAGAAACAGGGAAUGGUUCAGAAGAUUGCAAGUGCAGGUUCGCCAGUGUUGCACUGGACCCAAGGGCAUCAAUUCACCAGAGGGACGAAUUUUCAUUGUUUUGCCACGACUGGGGAUGGCUCAAUUGUCGUGGGUUCACUUGAUGGGAAGAUAAGAUUAUAUUCGAGGACUUCAAUGAGACAGGCAAAGACUGCUUUCCCAGGCCUUGGUUCAGCUAUUACAUCUGUUGAUGUGACUUAUGAUGGAAAGUGGGUGUUGGGCACAACAGAUACUUAUUUGAUCCUGAUAUGCGCUUUAUUCACUGAUAAGGACGGGAAAACCAAGACCGGUUUUAGUGGUCGUAUGGGAAACAAAAUUCCAGCGCCAAGAUUACUGAAGCUGACCCCUGUGGAUGCGCACAUGGCUGGAUCUGAUAAUAAGUUUCAUGCUGGCCACUUCUCUUGGGUUACUGAAAGUGGAAAACAAGAAAGGCAUUUGGUAGCCACGGUGGGUAAGUUCAGUGUGAUAUGGAAUUUUCAGCAGGUGAAGAACAGUGCACACCAUUGCUACCAGAAUCAACAAGGGCUUAAGAGUUGCUAUUGCUACAAAAUAGUAUUGAAGGACGAAUCCAUUAUUGAAAGCCGAUUCAUGCACGACAAAUUUGCUUUUAACAACUCGCCAGAUGCUCCACUGGUUGUGGCUACCCCAAUGAAAGUUACGUCCUUCAGCAUGUCGGGCAAGAAAUGAUACUGCCAGAACAUGGAUUUUCUGACCAAGAUUUUAUGUUCCUGUAAAUUCAGGAUUUUUUUUUUUUUUUGAUUGAUCCUGUAAGUGGAUUUAUUUUCUUGUAUAAUCCUAUUAGAAUUCUUCCUCUUUAGAGAAUCUCGUGUGAGCAAUUUUUAGCUUUCUCUUCCCUUUUGUAUGAAUUCUUUUUGUGGUGGGAGGCAUUGAAGUAGAUACUGGUGAGAUGUGAUUUUAAUGAUUAUUUUACUUUUCUGCUGG